CCGCUCCUCCCGGUUUUAAGUGAACAGUGUUGAGCUUUGCACUGCAUUGGUGAGCUCUUCUGGGCAAGUAACUGUUUCCUUCAUUGGCGAGUUCUUCUGGAGCUCUGGCUCUCGGUGCUGUGGUUUGAGUCUGCACAGGCAUGCUGAAGGCAAGUGCGUUAAUUUUGUUAGCGAUUGUUUCAAAUCUAUGGAGAUUUGGGAUAGCGAGGUCUGGUGGGGAGCAGCCGCUGGAAAGGAUUGCGAUUCACAGAGCCACGAUUGCUAUUGAUGAUUCAGCUUAUAUUAAAGCCUCUCCUGAGGUUCUUGGGUUGAAGGGGCAAACUGAUGGAUGGGUGACUUUAGAAUAUAAACACCCAAAUUCAUCAAAUGAUGAUUGGAUUGGCGUCUUUUCUCCUGCCAAAUUCAGCUCCGCUGUAUGUAAACCGGAAAGUGGAAGAGAAGAAGCUCCUCUACUUUGCACUUCUCCUAUUAAGUUUCAGUAUGCGAACUACUCGAGUAGUGAUUAUACAGCUACUGGAAACGGAUUUCAGAAGCUUCAAUUAAUUAACCAGCGGGGAGACUUCUCUUUUGCAAUGUUUUCUGGUGGACUCUCAAAUCCAAAACUGAUAGCCAUAUCAAAUACAAUUACUUUUGCAAAUCCAAAGGCACCUCUUUAUUCUCGCCUGGCCCAAGGAAAAAUUUGGAAUGAAAUGACUGUAACAUGGACCAGUGGAUAUGGCAUUGAUGAGGCUCAACCUUUUGUUGAAUGGGGUCCAAAUGGUGGCGAUCAAACUCGCUCUCCAGCUGGAACUCUGACCAUCAGCCGCAGCAGCAUGUGUGGCUCGCCUGCUAAAACGGUGGGCUGGCGCGAUCCAGGCUUCAUACAUACGAGCUUUCUUAAGGAUUUGUGGCCUAAUUUAAUAUAUACUUACAAGCUCGGACAUAGGUUAUUUAAUGGUUCUUAUGUUUGGAGCCGAUCGUAUAUCUUUAAGGCUUCUCCAUAUCCUGGCCAAGAUUCUUUACAGCAAAUUGUAAUUUUUGGUGACAUGGGAAAGGCAGAGGCUGAUGGUUCCAAUGAGUUUGCGAACUUCCAGCCGGGUUCUUUAAAUACUACCUAUCAGUUGAUUAGGGACUUGAAAAAUAUAGAUUUAGUUCUCCAUAUUGGAGACUUAUGCUAUGCAAAUGGUUAUAUUUCACAGUGGGAUCAGUUUACAGCACAAAUUGAGCCCAUUGCUUCAAGAGUACCAUACAUGGUUGGCAGUGGAAAUCAUGAACGAGAUUUUCCUGGAACUGGAUCCUUCUACGAGAACAAAGAUUCUGGAGGAGAAUGCGGUGUUUUGGCAGAAACAAUGUUUUAUGUUCCUGCAGAGAACAGAGCCAAUUACUGGUAUUCUACGGAUUAUGGCAUGUUCCACUUCUGUAUAGCAGACACUGAGCAUGACUGGAGACCUGGAACUCCACAGUAUAAGUUUAUCGAGCACUGCCUAUCGACUGUCGAUAGACAGAAGCAGCCAUGGCUAAUCUUCCUCGCUCAUCGAGUUCUUGGUUAUUCGUCAGCCGAGUUCUAUGCGGACGAAGGAACCUUCGAGGAACCUAUGGGAAGAGAAAGCCUUCAAGAACUCUGGCAAAAAUACAAGGUUGAUAUUGCUUUCUAUGGCCAUGUGCAUAGCUAUGAGAGGACUUGCCCAGUCUAUCAGAACACCUGCUUGCAAAACGCAUCAAAUCAUUACAGUGGCCUCUUUACAGCAACCACCCAUGUUGUCGUUGGAGGCGGCGGAGCCAGCCUUGCUGAUUACACACCAUUUAAGGCAAAAUGGAGCCAUUUCAGAGAUCAUGACUUCGGAUUUGUGAAGCUGACUGCGUAUAAUCAUACAACUCUGUUGUUCGAGUACAAGAAGAGCAGGGAUGGCAAUGUUUAUGACUACUUCACAAUUAGCAGGGAUUAUCCGGAUAUCUUGGCUUGUAGUUUUGAUAGUUGUCCAAGAACAACCUUGGCUUCUUGACCACAACAAUUUUAUUUUUCAUUUUGUGUUGUUCAUGAAUUUGGAAAGGAAUAGUUUUUCAUUGUUAUAGUGUUGUGUUAUUCGCUCACAUAAGAAUGAAAUGUUUUUU